AUGGUCGAGAAGCACCGACAUCAUCAACCACUCCGUGUUCUCAUCAUCAUCAUCUCCCACAAAAAUGCCCACUGGGAGCAAUCGAUGUCUGCUCCGGAGGAAAUUCUCCUCCCUUUGGCCUAUCGCGUCCUCCAAGAGUCCCAUCUCAUCCAGGACCCACCCAGCAACCGCAACAGCAAUUGCAACCAGCCCCGGCCCAAGAUGACCCUCCUCGCCAAGCGGAGAUGGCAAACGCACAUCUUCCUAGUCCUGGACAUCUCGAAUCCUGCAUACGACCCCGUCACGGGCCAUUUACCGGAGCACAACAAUCUCCCCGUCGCAUUUGUCCGGCUCGGUCAGGAAACGGUCCACGCGUAUGCGGCUAACCGCCCCGCGCAAAACAAGGUGAAUCAAGACGUCGCGCGAGCGCACAACGACAACGGUAUAGGUAACUUCCCGCCCUUCGUUACUGAUUAUACAUCCGGAUCGCCAUUAUAUACCAAUCCGCGCGACCCGUCGCUGCUUGACUGGCUGGGCUGGGCUUAG